AUGCUUCGCCCGUUGUUGCGGGGGCCCCUUGCUGCAGCAGGGGCCCCCGUUGCUGCAGCAGCGUCCCCAUUUGCUGCAGCAGCGUCCCCAUUUGCUGCAGCAGGGGCCCCAUUUGCUGCAGCAGGGGCCCCAUUUGCUGCAGCAGGGGCCCCAUUUGCUGCAGCAGGGGCCCCCUUGACAGCAGCAGGGGCCCCGUUGACAGCAGCAGGGACCGCAUUGGCUGCCACAGCGGGCAGCGCAGAGGCAAUUAAGCUGCGGCAUUGGAUGCAGCGCAGCAACUGCUGCUGCUGCUGCCAUCAUAGCAGCAGCAGCUGCAGCAGCAGAAGCAACAACGGGGGCUGCUGCAGCAGAAAUGUUAGGGAGCGGGCCCCCUCAAGCCAGUGCUGCUCCCAGGUGAGGCAUUUUGCUGCUGCUGCUGCAGCAGAGGCAGGCAGCACAGCAGCAGCAGCCGCUGCCGCUCCAUCAUGGAGCAGCAGCAGCAGCAACAGCAGCGGUGUAAUUCCAAGCCGCAGCAGCGUGAGCAGCACCAGCAGCAGCAGCAACAGUACGAUUUGGAGCAGCGGCAGCAGCAGCGGCAGCCACAGCGCCAGCAGCAGCAGCAGUGGCGACCCCACUACUUGCAGCAGCAGCAGCAACAGCAGCAGCAGCAGCAGCAGCAGCAGCAGCAGCAGCAGCAACAUUGACCUGAGUGCGGUAUAUCGACACAACUGGGCAGUGCCGGUGGUCGGCUUUGGCUCGCGGCUGCUGCUGCCGGUCAAUUCUUUUGAGGCUUGGGAGGGGGAGCAGCAGCAGCCCACUGAGUAUAUAGAAGUUCCGUCUGAGGUGUUUGGCCAGCCGCUAAGGCCCGACAUUUUGCAUCAGAGGGUUGUUUGGGGUUUAGGGUUUAGGGUUUAG